AUGGUCUUGAUCCACGAGUUCCGCGUGCCGCUGCACAUGUCGGUGAGCGACUUCCAAGUCGCGCAGCUGUACAUGGUCGUGACCGCGAGCGAGAAGCUCACGGGGGACGGAGAGGGCGUGGAGAUCCUCGUGAACGAAGCCUACGACAACACGGACGGCCACAUGGGCGUCUCGAGCCUCUCGGGCUGGACCGUGCCGCGGAACAAGGGCCAGUACACGCGCAAGCACUACUACUGCCAGUCCAAGAUCCCUGGCUUUGUGUCGGCCCUCUGUCCGGACGACUCGAUGGUGCUCAUUGAAGAAGCGUGGAACGCGUACCCGCACUGUGUGACUGUCAUUGUCAACGGGUACUUGGCCAAGCACAAGUUUUACAUCUCGAUCGAGUCCGCGCACAAGGCCGACCGCGGGGACUCGGAGAACGCGCUGGGCUUGACCAAAGCCGAGCUCAGUCACCGGAAGGUCGAAGUGCUGGACAUUGCCGAGAAGAUGGCGAAGCAGACGCUGAAGGAUGAAGGCGACCCGGCCACGUACAAGUCCAUCAAGACUUCGCGUGGACCGCUCGGACGGGGAUGGAUGAAGACGGUUGAUCCCGUUAUGACCUGCUAUAAAGUAGUGCGCAUCAAUUUUGACUACUGGGGCGUGCAAGGCAAGGCGGAGAAAACCAUUCGCGACCAGCAGCGGCAGCUAUUUCACAGCACAUUGCGUCAGGCGCAGUGCCUGACGGAUGAGUGGUACGGUCUCUCGAUGGAGGACAUUCGACGUCUAGAGAUUGAGGUGGUGGCGAAGCUCGAGGCCAAGCGCUUGACAAACUCGACGAGCCAUUAG